CUAAGCCUAUUAUUAGCAUGUUAGAAGACAUAAGGGUUUACAUAAUGAAGAGAUGGGCUGCCAACAGGACAAAGAUCACAUCAUAUCAAGGUUCAAUAUGCCCCAAGAUUUUUAGCAGAUUUCAAAAGGAGUCCUGGUUAACUAGACAUUGGUUACCAAGGUGGUCAAGAGAAAAAUUAUUUGAAGUGAAACAUCUUUCAGAAUUUGGUCAGCAAUUUGUUGUGAAUAUUGACACCAUGGACUGCACAUGUAGAAAAUGGGCAAUUACUGGCAUUCCGUGUACUCAUGCCAUCACUGCAAUGAAGUUUUUGAAUAUAAAUGCAGAAGACUACAUUGGCAACUGGUUUAGGAAGUCUACUUAUGAAGAGACUUACAACACAAUAAUUAACCCUAUCAAUGGACAACAUGUCUGGGAUGUUACACCCUAUGCAGAUAUAUUACCACCAAAGAAGAGGACAAUGCCAGGAAGGCCCAAGAAGAAACGAAGGCUAGAGGAGUGGGAGUUGAAGAAGAAUAACAGUGAAUUAAGAAAGGGUGGCCAGAGGAAAACAUGUGGCAUCUGCAAACAACUUGGACACAACAGAAAAGGCUGUCCACAAAGACCUCCAACAGUAGAGGUUCCUACAGCCCAAUCUUCUCAAGUCACCCAACCUCCAGCAACACAUGUUCCUAUUGGUGACCAAUCUUCUCAAGUCACCCAACCUCCAGCAACUAUGCCUUUAUCUGAUGAAUGAUGUACUGAUCAAUGAUCUAAUGUACUGAUCCUAAAUUUAUAUUUUGUACCAAAUGUUUGCUCUAUCAUUUUGAACACAGUCUGUGCAAAUGUAUUGUUAUGAUGUAUUUUGGAUAUGUAAGACAAUGUUGUUAUCAUUUUGAACAGCUUCUGUUAUCAUCUAA